UAUGCCGCACGCAGAAAACGGCACUAUGGGUGAGAACUCUGUAAACGGGGAUGCCGUCCAUUCUCAAUUCCUCGAUCAUUUGACAUCCUAUCCUAUUGUUUCCGACUCCAUCACAGUCUUCAAGACCAAUAAGUACGCCGCAAAGUCCCUGGAAUAUGCCGAUCAAGGCUACACUCGCUUGGCCAAGCCAUUUCUUCCUUACUUCUCAAAGCCUUACGGUUAUGUUGCCCCAUACGUCGCGCAGGCCGAUUCCCUCGGAGAUAAGGGUCUGAGCAAGGUCGACUCAACGUUCCCGUUCAUCAGGGAGGAUACGAGCACGCUCAAGGGAACGAUCAAAGAUGGCGUCUCUUUUCCUGUGCGGUUUGUCUAUGACCUCAAGGGUCAUGUCUUUGAUACCUAUGGUUCCGAGUAUAAGAAAUGUGGAGGAGACGGAGUGGUCGCGAGCGGCAAAGCCAUUAUCACGACCAGCUUGGUGCUGUCGCAGGAGUCGCUGGCCUACGUCAGCUCAUUGCUACAGGCCAAGAAGGCGCAGGUCAAGGAAGCGGUCAAUGACAGGGUCGACAACUAGGCGAUUGUUGGUGGGUAGUUGUUGGUGUUUCAGCUGGUCUGUUCUGCGAUUUGGAGAUGUUCUUGUGCGUGUGCUUGAAUCUCUAGAAAGCUUGCUCUGGGAGGCUUGUCUCCUUUAUUUUGUUGUCUUGAACAUGGGCGGUUCCGUUUGAUUCGCAUUGUGCUGUUGGAACCCGCAUUUGGAUACA